AUGACCGAAAGUAAGAUGACCGAAAGUCUGGACGAUUCUUUUCUUUUGCCUGUGGACUUCGCCCCAGUCUGCACCAGAGCCUUUGCAAAGCUGAAGCCGGAGUUCGAUAAGAGGAGCGCCAAUGAUCUCAGCUCUCACGACAAGUGUGUAGACGACAUCGACGAAGUCUCAAACACCAACCUCCAAUUCCCCAUCAUCGCCGACGCAGACCAAGACCUCGAAAACAUCGCAGUGAAAGGCAUCGCUUUCACCAUCCGCUCAGUCUUAGUCAGUCGAAUCUUCUUGGAAGGGUUGAUGACAAUGAUGUAUCCUGCUUCAACCGGUCGGAACUCAACUGAUGUUCUGCGUGUGAUUGAUUCUCUUCAGAGUGGUGAUAAGGAGGGCGUUGUUACGCCGAUUGAUUGGCAGGUUGGCGAAGAUGUUAUUGUUCCGCCUUCUGUUUCGACGGAGGAUGCGAAGAAGAAGUUUGGUGAUGUUAGGGAGGUUAAGCCGUACUUGAGAUUUACCAAGGCUUAG